AUGGCGGACGGGUUUCGUCGUCCAGACCCAGUCGUCUUCAACGACAAUGUCGCGGAGAACUGGCGCAUUUUUGAGCAAGAAUAUGACAUUUUCAUUGCUGCUGCUCACUCGGACAAGCCCGCGAAGAUCCGCGCAUACUUCCUAUUAAACCUCGCUGGUCCAGAAGCGAUCGAGAGGGAGCGCUCGUUUGCGUACGUGCCAGAGGUGCGUGCCGCCUGCGCGGGCGGUGCUAUUCUCGCUCCUGCGGAGUCGCGGGAAGAUCCCGAGUGCCUGAAGAGGAAGUUCAGAGAAAUGUGCAAUCCGCGAACGAUCAAAACAUUGGAAAGGCACAAGUUCCAUUCGAGAAUUCAAAAGCAUGGGGAGAGCAUGGAAUCAUUCAUCAGUGAUUUGAAGAUUAAAGCCAAAACAUGUCAAUUUGGAGAUCUAACUGAUGAACUCAUAUGUGACAAAAUUGUGUGUGGCAUCACAAACGACUCUCUGAGAAAGACAUUACUGAGGGACAGUGAAUUGACUCUUGCCAAGGCAAUCUCAAUCUGCCGUAUUCACGAAAUGAAAGUGGAUACAGUCCAGUUGAGUCCCAAUGUGCACCAUGUCACCACAGAGAACACUGGAGAGUUCAGCGCACGGAUCCUCACACAAUACCAAGAUAUCUUCAGUGAAGAGCUCGGAGAACUACCAGUUGUUUACACAAUGACAGUGGACCCCAAUGUGCCGCCUGUUGUAAGGCCGGCCCACCGCAUCCCCGUGGCGAUGCAAGAUUGUGUGAAAGCUGAACUUGAACGCAUGGAACGCAUAGGCGUUAUUACUUCAGUCAGCGAACCAACAGAUUGGGUGUCAUCCAUGGUCGCUGCGCACAAGAAAGGCAAAUCAGAAAUCAGAUUAUGCAUCAACCCCAAAGAUUUAAAUGAAGCACUAAAACGGCCCCACCACCCCAUGAGAAGUGUGGAGGAGGUAGCAGCACAAAUGUCAGGUGCAACAGUGUUUUCGGUGCUAGACGCAAAAAAUUCAUUCUGGCAGAUCCGCCUGGACAAGAAGUCCUCAAUGAAGACAACAUUCAGUACUCCUUUUGGACGUUACAGAUUCUUUCGCAUGCCUUUCGGUAUUAACUCUGCAAGCGAGGUAUUCCAGCGCACAAUGGAUCAACUCUUUGCUGGGUAUCCAUGCUCAGUCAUUGUCGAUGACAUCAUCAUCGGAGGUCGUGAUGUGGCGGAGCACGACGCCAACCUAAAAAAAGUGCUUGAACGUGUGAAGGAAAUAAACCUCAAACUCAACCCGCAGAAAUGCAAGUGGUGCAGUGAGGGCGGAGCCAUCAUGAUGCAGCAGGACCCGUCCAAACCUUUGAGACCUGCAACCCGGCAGGGGUCCGCCCUUAUGUGCCCCGCCUACUCCAGCCUCUCCGUGAGCGAGGAGGUCUUCCUGGAGGAGGUGGUGCGCGCCAACGUUCCUCUGCUGAGGCGCAUGCUGGUGGAGCCGCCCCACCUCCACGCCGACCUGGCGGACCAGAAUGCUUUGCAGCUGGAGGUCACCAAGCUCCUCCUGGAGAAGAAGGAGCUGAUGAGUCAGGUGGACUUGGACCUCUUGUCCCGUGACAUCAUCCUGGCUUCUCAGCGCCACGACUACCAGAUGGUCCACCUGCUUCUGGCCAGGGGGGCCCGGAUCCAGCGCCCGCACCCCCACCUGUGCCAGUGCAGCACCUGUGGCCAGCACCUGGACCCCUUCACACACUCGCUGUCCCGCAUCCACGCCUACCAAGGUCUCGCCAGUCCGGCUUACCUGGCCCUGUCCCACCCAGACCCUGUCAUGGCGGCGCUGGACCUGAUCCAGCAGCUGGCGCUCUUGGCCCACACCGAGGUGGAGCUUAAGAAGGACUACCAGAACCUGUGGUCCCAGUGCCAAGACUUCCUGGUGGCCCUGCUGGACCUGUGUCAGACCACGGAGGAGGUCCAGGCCGUGGUACACGGUCCCUCUCAGGACCUCAGCAGGUUGAAACUGGCCCUCAAGUACCAAGUCAAGAAGUUCCUGGCCCACCCCAACUGUCAGCAGCAGCUCUUGUCCAUCUGGUACCAGAACUGGUCUGGACUCCGCCAGCAGACCACGGCGGUGAAGGUCCUGCUGGUUCUGGGGGUCUCCUUGGGCUUGCCUCUUCUGGCCUUGGUGUCCUGGAUUGCACCGUCCAGCAAGUUAGGCAAGAUCCUGUGUGGACCUUUCCUGAGGUUUGUGGCCCACGCCGCCUCCUUUGUGGUCUUCCUGUGCCUGCUGGUCCUGAACGCGGCCGAGCGCCUCCAGGUGGCGCCCAACACCAGCACCUCACAGCUGCUUCGCAUGAAGACCACUCCCUUCACCUGGGUGGAGGUCUUCAUCAUCACAUGGGUUCUAGGGAAGAUCUGGGAAGACUGCAAGAAGGUUUGGUCCCAGGACCUCAGGGAGUACGUCUCAGAACCUUGGAACCUUCUGGACUUCACCAUGGUGGCCCUCUUCACCAGCUCCUUCACGGCUCGACUGAUGGCCUUCUGGCACGCGUACGCCGCCCAGCGCUACGUGGACCAGCACCACACCCACCUGCCCUCCCACAUCCAGUACUUCCAGCUGGCUCGGGCCGACUGGGCGCCGUCGGACCCGCAGCUCAUUUCCGAGGGCCUUUAUGCCGUGGCCGUGGUGCUGAGCUUCUGGCGCGUGGCCUACGUCCUGCCCGCCAACCAUAACUUUGGACCCCUGCAGGUUUCUCUGGGGAGAACUUUGAAGGACAUUUUCAAGUUCCUGGUGAUCUUCAUCACCGUGUUUGUGGCCUUCAUGGUGGGACUCUUCAACCUGUACUCCAACUACCUGGGCGCCAAGCACAACCCGGCCUUCACCACGCUGGAGGAAAGUUUUAAAACUCUCUUCUGGGCCAUCUUCGGCCUGUCGGAGGUGAAGUCUGUGGUGAUGGACGUGGAGCACAAGUUCAUCGAGGACAUCGGCUACUUCCUGUACGGACUCUACAACGUGGUCAUGGUGGUCGUGUUGCUCAACGUGCUCAUUGCCAUGUUCAACAGCUCCUUCCAGCAGAUCCAGGGUGACUGUGACGUGGAGUGGUUAUUCGCCAGGUCCAAACUGUGGUUGUCCUACUUUGAGCCCGUCAGUUCACUGCCUGUGCCCUUCAACCUGCUCCCACGUGUGGGCUUCCUGCGGGGAGUCAAAGUGUGUCCCUGGCAGAAGGACGGAGAUGAAAUGUUGAGUCAACAGGAGGAUACCAGCAAGGACACGCCCCUUUGUCCCACACACCAUCAGAAGAUCAUGAAGCGCCUCAUCAAGAGACACAUCCUCAAAGCACAGCAAGAUAGAGAAAACCACCAAGGGAGUGAAGGUGAGCUGAAGGAGAUCAAGCAGGACAUCUCCAGUCUUGGCCAGGAGCUGCUGGAGGCCAGCAAGCAGGAAGUGAGCGUCCUGGCGGAGGUCAUCAGCCACCUGGGUGAGGUGUGACCAGGGACACUUCAUUAGGUACACGUCCCUUUUCAAAA